ACUCGCACUCACUGUCCUGUGCCGUACUCGUACGUUAUUGUUAUUCCCGUACUCGUAGGCACUGCAUAUUCCUACCUCGUACCUAAAGCAAUCCAUUAAAGGGCACGAGGACAUCGAGAAAUUCUUACUUUGCUGCGUCAUUCUCUCAUCAUGGCAUCCGGACCGAUCGUUCGGUUCGCAGAUUUCCAAGACGUCCCAACCAUAUUAUCCUUCAUCAAAGCCGGGGCCGUGGAACAGCAUCCUGGCGCCUGCGUGGAGGCCACCGAAGCUGCGCUUGUUAAGGCGCUACACCUCAACCGAGCCCCAUCUGAUGCGAGAGCUGGUUCUGACAUAGAUCAUCACCCGCAAUUCGCGUGGGCUCUCCUAAUAGUCGCACCAAAUGGAGAAAUCGCGGGACUAGCCAUUUACUUUUACAAUUACUCGACUUGGAGGGCAGCUCCAGGAGUCUGCCUGGAAGAGCUCUAUGUGGAGCCGCAAUACCGAUCCAAGGGCUAUGCUCAACUGUUGAUCAAAGUCAUGGCUAGAGAAGCGGCGAAGAUGGGCUGUGUGAAAAUGGAGUGGGUGUGUCUCAAAAGCAACGAGCGCGCAUUGCGCUUCUAUCAAAAGAUUGGCGCGAGAGUCAUGGGAGAUUGGGUUGUGCUGAGGGUUGACGAGAGUGGGAUUCAAGAUCUACAAGAACAGUUGUGAUCGAUUAUUGAGCUAUAUAAAGUAGUGACAAUAGGCCAAUUCG